AAUGAAUGAAUGGGCGGGCCGGUGAAUGAAUGAACGAAUGGGCGCACGAAUGAAUGAGUGAAUGAAUGAAAGUGUGAGUGGCGAGAGCCCUGCCGGCCGCGUGGCGGUGCGAGGCUGCGGACGUCGCGGGCCCGGAGGCACCUGCGCGCCCUUGGCCGACUGGGAGGAGGCGGAGAUGGACGCCCGCGGGUCCCCUGGAGAUGCAGCCGGAGGCCUGCGCUGGUGAGGGAGCCGGGCUCCCGGCGCCGCGUCCUCCUCAUCCUCCAGGCGACAAGCUGCGGCUCAGCCCCACUGACCUUGGCUCCUGCCCGCCCUGCGGCCCCUGCCCCAUCCCGAAGCCGGCAGCCAGAGGCAGGCGCCAGAGUCAAGACUGGGGCAAGAGUGACGAGAGGCUGCUACAAGCCGUGGAAAACAACGAUGCACCUCGGGUGGCCGCCCUCAUCGCCCGCAAGGGGCUGGUGCCCACGAAGCUAGACCCCGAGGGCAAGUCCGCGUUCCACCUGGCAGCCAUGCGGGGUGCGGCCAGCUGUCUGGAGGUGAUGAUAGCUCAUGGCACCAAUGUCAUGAGCACGGACGGGGCAGGUUACAAUGCCCUCCACCUGGCCGCCAAAUACGGGCACCCACAGUGCUUGAAGCAACUACUGCAGGCUUCCUGCGUGGUGGACGUCGUGGACAGCAGCGGGUGGACUGCCCUACACCAUGCAGCGGCUGGUGGCUGUCUCUCCUGCUCAGAGGUGCUCUGCUCCUUUAAGGCACAUCUAAACCCCCAAGAUCGGUCAGGCGCAACACCCCUCAUUAUAGCAGCUCAGAUGUGUCACACAGACCUGUGCCGUCUCCUACUGCAGCAAGGGGCUGCUGUGAAUGAUCAGGACCUGCAAGGCAGGACGGCCCUGAUGCUGGCCUGUGAGGGGGCCAGCCCCGAAACAGUGGAGGUCCUGCUGCAGGGCGGAGCCCAGCCGGGCAUCACCGAUGCGCUGGGGCAGGAUGCGGCUUACUAUGGCACCCUGGCGGGGGACAAACUCAUCCUGCACCUUCUGCAAGAGGCGGCCCAGCGCCCCUCCCCACCCAGCGAGGAUGACUCAGGCGAGGCGUCAUCUCAGAACUCUAUGUCCAGCCAUGGAAAGCAGGGGGCCCCCAAGAAGCGGAAGGCGCCUCCACCUCCCGCCAGCAUCCCCAUGCCGGAUGAUCGAGAUGCCUAUGAGGAGAUCGUGAGGCUGCGGCAGGAGAGGGGCCGCCUCCUGCAGAAGAUCCGGGGCCUGGAACAGCACAAGGAACGGAGGCAGCAGGAGUCCCCGGAGGCCAGCUCCCUGCACAGCCUGGAGAGACAGGUGCAAGAGCUACAGCAGCUGCUGAUGGAGAGACAGGAGGAGAAGGAGAGCCUGGGACGGGAGGUGGAGAGUUUGCAGAGCCGGCUGUCCCUGCUGGAGAACGAGCGGGAGAAUACUAGCUAUGAUGUGACCACCCUGCAGGAUGAGGAGGGUGAGCUGCCUGACUUUCCAGGGGCCGAGGCGCUGCUGUCCAGGCAGCUCAGCCCGUCGGCCCAGGAACGCCUGGCCUCGCUGCAGGAACAGGUGGCUGUGCUCACCAGACAGAACCAGGAACUGAUGGAGAAGGUCCAGAUCCUGGAGAACUUUGAGAAGGACGAGACACAGAUGGAAGUGGAAGCUCCGGCAGAGGUCAUCCCUCUUGCCCUCUAUGACUCUCUCCGGGCCGAGUUUGACCAGCUGCGCAGGCAGCACGCUGAGGCCCUGCAGGCCCUGAGGCAGCAGGAGACACGAGAGGUCCCCAGAGAAGAGGAGGCAGCCUGUGGGGAGAGUGAGGGUGCUGGAGCCACAGCCACCAAAAACGGGCCAACCCACAUGGAGGUAAAUAGCCCAGUGGCUCCAGAAACCAAAGUUAAUGGAGCCAAGACCAUAGAUGAGGAGGCUGCAGGAGAUGAAACCAUGGAAGCCAGGACUAUGGGAGCUAUGUCCAUGGGAGCCAAGGCCACGGGAGCUGAGGCCACGGGAGCCAAGGCCACAGAAACAAAAUCCACAGGGGCUGAGGUCAGAGAAAUUGAGACCAUAGAAGAGGAAGCAAACAUGGAAACUAAGCCCACAGGAGCUCAGGCCACAGACAUAGAGGCCACAGGAGUGGAGGCCAUGGGGGUGGAGGCCACAAAAACAAAAGCAGAGGAAGCAGAAAUGCAGCCCUACGGAGUGGGUGCUGGGCAAGCAGAGCCCCCAGUCACAGGGACCACAAACGUGGAGGCCACGGGCUCUAGGGCCACAGGGGUGGAGGCCACAGGAGUCAGUGCCACAGGUGUGGAGAACCCAGGGGUAGAGGCCACGGUCCUGGGGAUCUCUGCCGGCCCUGUCUUACAUCCUGGUGCCGCAGAGGCCUCGGAAAAGCUUCAAGUAGAGCUGGAGACCAGGAUCCGUGGCUUGGAGGAGGCACUCCGGCAGCGGGAGCGGGAGGCAGCUGCGGAGCUGGAGGCGGCCCUGGGGAAGUGCGAGGCCGCGGAGGCCGAGGCGGGCCGGCUGCGAGAGCGUGUCCGCGAGGCCGAGGGCAGCGGGCCCAGUGGGGGCGGUGGCGGUGACACCACACAGCUGCGGGCGGCCCUGGAGCAGGCCCGGGAGGACCUCCGAGACCGGGACUCCCGCCUGCGGGAGCUGGAGGCGGCCUCGGCCUGCCUGGAUGAGGCUCGGGCCAGCCGGCUGCUGGCCGAGGAGGAGGCCCGGGGCCUGCGGGCCGAGCUGGCCCAGCGGGAGGAGGCGCGGCUGGAGCAGAGCCGGGAGCUGGAGGUUCUGCGGGAGCAGCUGGCCACGGCCAGGGCCACGGGGGAGCAGCAGCGCACGGCGGCCGCGGAACUGGGCCGGGCACGGGACGCCGCUGAGGCCCGAGUGGCUGAGCUGGCUGCGGCCUGCGAGGAGGCGCGGCAGGGCCUGGCCGAGCUGCGGGAGGCCUCCGAGGCCCUCCGCCAGUCCGUGGUGCCGGCCUCUGAGCACCGCCGGUUGCAGGAGGAGGCCCUGGAGCUGCGGGGCCGGGCGGCCAGUCUGGAGCAGGAGGUGGUGGCCACGGGCAAGGAGGCCGCCCGGCUGCGCGCGGAGCUGGAGCGGGAGCGUGUGUGCAGCGUGGCGCUCUCGGAGCACGAACGCAUCGUGGGCACCCUGCAGGCCAACGUGGCCCAGCUGGAGGGGCAGCUGGAGGAGCUGGGACGGCGGCAUGAGAAGACCAGCGCAGAGGUCUUCCAGGUGCAGCGUGAGGCCCUGUUCAUGAAGAGUGAGCGACAUGCAGCCGAGGCACAGCUGGCCACAGCAGAGCAGCAGCUACGGGGGCUACGGACCGAGGCGGAAAGGGCUCGCCAGGCCCAGAGCCGGGCCCAGGAGGCUCUGGACAAGGCCAAGGAGAAGGACAAGAAGAUCACAGAACUCUCCAAAGAAGUCUUCAAUCUUAAGGAGGCCUUGAAGGAGCAGCCGGCCGCCCUGGCCACCCCUGAGGUGGAGGCCCUCCGUGACCAGGUGAAGGAUUUACAGCAGCAGCUGCAGGAAGCUGCCAGGGACCACUCCAGCGUGGUGGCUUUGUACAGAAGCCACCUCCUAUACGCCAUUCAGGGCCAGAUGGAUGAAGAUGUGCAGCGGAUUCUCAGCCAGAUUCUGCAGAUGCAGAGACUCCAGGCUCAGGGCCGCUGAGAAAGGCCAGGCCCAGUGGCUACACUGACCACAUCUACACAGGGAGCUCACCCCCGCUGCAGGCCCCUUGCAGACUGGCUUCACUUGGUCCCAUCCAGGCCCAUGCACUUGGAGACCAGCCUGGGUCCCUGCCCGACCAUCCCCAGCUGGCUGCAUCACCCCACCUCGUCUCUGCACGCACACACUGGUCAGUCUGGACCUGGGGCAUGACCGCCCCUCCCCCACCACUGGAGAAUCUGUGAGUCCCUGUGUCCUCCACAUCCAGAUGCCAGCCCGGGAAUAAAGGCAUUCUGUGCACAGGA